CCAGGAGAGCAAACAAUUGAUUUUUUUCAAAAAAGGGCACAAAGCAACUUACUUAAAAGCACUAAUAACAGUUAUUAGUCCACCAGCAGCCUCUGAAGAUGAACAGCUCGCUGUAUUUAAUCUCGUGAAAUGAAGGGGCGGGCUGUAGUUGCAUUUCCUCCUCACAUCCUGCGCUGACCCUCCGAUACCCCCGCCGACUGGACAAGCGCCUGCGGAGCAACAAGCCUUGCCGCCUGGGGAAAAGACCUUUAUCUACUGUUAAGGAGAGAUGGGCAACUUGUAUAAGGAUGAGCAGGACGACUGGAUCACGGUGUGUCUCAAGUACCUCCUCUUCAUUUUCAACUUCCUGUUUUGGAUGGGCGGCGGGGUGGUGUUGGGUGUCGGGAUCUGGACGCUGGUCGAUAAAGGAGAGUACCUGAGCCUGCUGGCCUCUAGUACAUUCGCUGUGUCCGCCUACAUCCUGAUCCUGGCAGGUGGGCUGGUGAUGGUCACUGGGUUCUUGGGCUGCUGUGCCGUAAUACGUGAGCAGAAGAGCUGUCUGUCCACGUACUUCUCCUGUCUGCUUCUGAUCUUCCUAAUUGAGCUGGUGGCUGGUGUUCUGGCCUACGUUUAUUACCAGGCGCUGAGUGAAGAGCUGAAGCAGCACUUGAGCAAGACGAUGACAGAGAACUAUGCCCAACCUGGAAAAGAGAGCAUCACUCAAUCUGUGGACAGACUACAGCAGGAUUUCAAGUGCUGUGGGAGCAACAACUCCUUUGAUUGGACACACAGUGUGUACAUCAUCUCCCCGCAAGCGGAGAAACGGUUGGUCCCUGACAGCUGCUGUAAGACCAUCACACCUCAGUGUGGAAAGAGAGACCACCCCUCGAACAUCUACAAGGUGGAGGGCGGCUGUAUCACUAAACUGGAGCAGUUUCUGGCAGAUCACUUGCUCAUUAUUGGUGCUGUGGGAAUAGGCGUGGCCUGUCUACAGAUUUGUGGAAUGGUGUUCACCUGUUGCCUGCAUAGGCGAAUUAAACUGGACCCGUACUGACUGCUCGGAAAUGUUCUAUGCCUUUAUUACACUCUAAAAACACAUACACGGCCUUACUACUGUGUCCAUUUUAAACUGCAUGACCAAAUGCAUUUGCAUUCAUAUAAGGGCUUUAUUAUCUUUUAUUUGCCACAUUUUUUUAGACAAAUGUUGCUAGUGUUAUUGCCUCCUUAUGAUCCUAAUAGUCUAGAAAGAUGUGGGAUAUUACAUAUUCAAGGAAUAAAAAAAAAAAAAAAAAAACUUUGAAUAAAUUAUAAUAUUUCAAAAUAUUUUUUAUUAACCACAUAUUCACUUUAAAUAGCUCAUAUUAAAUGUAUGUAAUGUGCUGCUAGAUCUCGGGCAGGUGUGGGAACCUGCUUAUAGGCACAAAAUACACCGGACCAACAUCAAGACCAUUCAUUAUUAUAUUUUCAUAAAUAUGUGUAUUAAGCUUGUGGAAUGAUUACUGUUUGCACGUUUCAGGUAUUGUUAUUCUGGUAAAAAAUACCAUUAUGUCCACUGUAUGAUAUACAGUUGGUGUAGAAACGAUUUUCACUCAGAAAUUGCAAGGUUUUUUUUGCAAAUAAUGACAAAAAUAACUUACUGAAUUAAACAUUACAUUUUGAAGUAGAAAGGCUGAAAUAAUAUUUUCUCAUAAAACUUAAUCCAAUAAUCAUUUACAAAUUGAUUAUUUUUUUUUUUUUUUUACAGUGUAAUUACUUUUUUAGCAUUGCAGUAAACAGGUGUCUUUUAAAUUCUGCCAAUUGUCACACCUCAUUCACAAAAAAAGAUAAAGCUGCUGUUUGAGCCUUAAUGAUUUUCAUUAUAAUGGAUUGGCAGAAUAUUAUGCUUAAUAUUAUUUUAUAAGAGAUUUUACUGAACUGAUGAACUUCAAUUUAGGGCCAUGUCAUGAAAUGUUCAGCUGAUUGAAGGAAAAGAAUGAGCACCAUUCCAUUGCAUUGCAACACAAAAGUCACAGCUGCAAAAUCUUAAUGUAGUUGCCACAGCAACGUCAGCCUUAUUGAAAUUCAAUGUCAUUUGGGGAAAAAUGGUUAGAAAAAGAUUUAAUGUAACAUUCUUGUUUUCUAUUGUACUGAUAACCAUCUGUAGUCCAAUUGCUUUAUGCUUAUGACAGAUUAUGCAUAUUUUAAAAACAUUGUCAGUAAAAACUAAUGCAAAUAAACAAUCUCUCAUCUGAGCUGCACGUUAAGUCUGUAGGUUGUGAUUUAAAAUAUGCAUUUAAUCAUCCCAGUAGUUGAUAUAAUAGAUAUAAUCUUUCAUUUGAAAAAUUGUUAUGUAUUUGUAGUCGGAAUGUGUAUGUAUUUUCAUAAAGAAUUAAUUUCAUAAAUUCUUUGCCUUAAGACUGUUGCAUCUUUUUUGUGGGCAGUAGAGAUUUAUCUGAAACAGCUGUAUGUUUAUUGUAUGUUUUUAAAAAAUCUAUUUCAAAUAAACUUAUUUUGUUGACAUACUGUA